AUGAAACCAAGAAAACCACAUUCUACCAAUAAUAAUGCAUCAAGAUCCUCCCCUAUCAUUACCUGGAUCCUGGUUGCUCUCCUGCUGUUGCAUUUGUUGUUAACAAGCGACUUGCCGUCGAAGAUUCGUGAAGUCAUCUGGGAUAAAGGCGCAUCAGAGCAUUUUUCAGACAAACACAAUCCCCCUCAAGAUCUGAUGAUGAAAGACUAUGAGCUCGCAAAACAGCAAUCGUAUGGAUUCUUUCAAGACAUUUCGGAAGCCAGUUGGAAACGAUUGCAGCAAAUUGCAAGGAAGCAUAAACCACAUAUGCAUCCCGACAAUCCAUUGAAACUCGCCGACACCACGGAACGACAAGAAACCACACCUAGCUCGCAUGAAACAAACUAUGAGCCAGAUUUUCCAUGCCAAUUUGAACAGCGGGUUGGCCGAAACUCACAUGGCGAUGGUCCCAAGUGGGUAUGUGACCCACAUCGGAUCACGAACAACUAUCGGCGACAACGAAACGGCAGUGACAAUAAGUGCUUGGUCUACAGUAUCGGAUCCAACGGAGACUUUCAAUUCGAAACCGAAUUGCAACAACUGUUGGGCCCAGGGGUUUGUGAGAUUCACAUUUUCGCUAUGGAAGACUAUUCCAAAGAGAUGAAAGAGUGGUCCAAGAAACACUAUGUCGCUGACUUGCAUUUUCAUCAAUGGGGACCGACGAUCGCAGCUGCUGCAGCAGAAGAGAAUAAAACGGGAAAGGGUAUGGGAAACGUAUCCAAAGAUCACAAGUAUCGAAGCAUUGCCAAUAUUGUGCAAUCCUUGGGACACUCCAAGCGAGAACAAAUUGACAUAUUCAUGAUUGAUUGCGAAUCUUGCGAAUGGGAUGCCUUUGAAGAAUGGUUGGACCCGGCUACCAUGCCACGGUUGGAACAAAUCUUGAUUGGUCGCUCCCCUCCAAGCAAAGUACUGCCGUUCUUUGAUACCUUACGGGCUAAGGGCUAUGUCGCCUUUCACAAAGAGCCCAAUAUUCAGCAUUCUCAAGGGAACUUUAUCCAAUAUGGCUUCCUGAAACUAGCGCCGUCCUUCUUCCAAAACGGCAACUAG